AUGGCACCAGAUUGUGCGUCCAUGAGUGCUGUUGUCGAGCUGUCAUUAAAGAGGCAAUCGAAGGGGGAGCUUGCUCAAGUGACAUGUAUUUCGCACAGAACAAUCUCAGGGAAGAAUCACAGGCCCCUGAAGACCUGUGAUCGAAUUCCUCCAUCAUCCGAGAGUCUUUUGUCUCCCAAUAGAGCACUUCGCGCUGCCCUGUUGAAGAGACGAUUUGCAGAUACCAUCCUUCGAGCCCAAGAGAAGAUGAUUCUUCACAAGGUAACGUUUCGCUACAGAACUUUCACCGUUUUUGGUCAGCUUCCCUGAUCAGUCAUCCUGAGACUCUCACCUCUUCUCUCUUCUAUCUUCUGUCUUCCUCAGUGUGAGAGAGGUGACCCAAAGAAGUUACGGCGGGAACUGAAGGAUCUGAAACGAAAGCAAGGGGAAGGUAAGGGUCAACGCUUUGCCCAUCACGUGAAUGCAUGAAGGAAUUUUCUACUUUGAAUUUACGCCACAUUAACGACCUCAUUCGUCCUUUGAUCCAAAAGAGAGGAGGAGGAUCAAUGCCCAAGCCAAAGCUGUUGAAAGAGUGCUUAAACAGAGGGAAAGGGAAAGAAAAGCGGCCCGAUUGAAGAUACAGAAGGUAGCCUCUCUCCCCCGGCCCCCAUUUCCAAUUCUUCCUUCCAAGUAAAAGGUAUUUUUCUGGCCUAAUUCAACUCAAGGUGGCCAUGUUGACUUUUCAGAUGGAGAAGACGGUCGAGAUUGAUGACUGUUACGAGAUAUGGGAGGAUCUUAAGAUGCUGGGCUAUGCCCAGUGCGUGGACCUCUCAGCUAAAGAGCUAGCUGAUUUGAAGCAGAGCAUGACCAUGAAGGGCUGA